AUGACCAACACCAAAUCAUCAGCCAAAGAACCACACGGCACAAUCACACUCCGUAACCCUCCAUUUUCAUAUUUCCAUCUCCGCCUAACCUCCCUCGACCAACAGAGUCAACAACCUCUCGAUGAACUCACAAUUCGCUCAUAUCUCACAGCUGCACUACAGCAAUACCUCGGUCUGACAGGCACAGCCAUCCCGAUCGACAUAUUAAAGGUCGAGCAGCAGAACACGUGGAUCAGAGUGCCCAGAGACGAUGAAGUGGCCGUCACAGCGGCGGUGAGCCAGUGGGUCGGAAGUAAGGGCGUGAAUCUCAGGAUCGAAGGGAGAGGGACCUGGCUCGGUGGUGUGGUGGCAAGAGGAAGAGUGGGUGGGAAAUUGUGGUCUCUGGAGGAAGGUUGA